AAUAGAUUUAAUAAAUGGGGAAAAAAGAAAAAGAGAAAGAGAAAGAGAUGCGCGUAAGAGUAUUGCUCUCCAUUUUUCUCGAGCACAAAAGCAUUUUGACUAGUGCAUGGAGAUGAACUUUCUUGGAAAUAAAUAUUAUAAACUCAAUCGACGUCUGUUACUACUGGUUGGUUUGUGGCCAUAUGAUCAUUCAUUGUUUAGGUAUUAUCAAGUAAUAUUUUGUAACAUCACUGUAGCAUUGAUGGUGACUUUUCAGAUAGCGAAAUUAAUAAGGUUAAGACGAAACGUAAGUCUCAUGCUGAAACUUCUCCCUCUAAUUUUACCUUGUUUUAUCUGCAUUAUAAAGCAUCAAACAUUUUGUAUCUUCGCUAAAAAAAUAAAAUAUCUCAUGGAUCAUGUAGAACAAGAUUGGAAUGUACUUAAAGAUAAAAAAGAAUUGGAGAUUAUAGAGAGAUACACUUAUAUUGGAAAUAUGUGCACCUUGAUUUUUACAAUAAUCGCUUUGGUAGCUAUAUCAAUUAUUACAUUCUUACCAUUCGUACCAAUCGUCCUCGAUAUCUUUAUGCCGCUAAAUUAUUCGCGUCCACGACAACUCAUAUUUCCGGUAGAAUACUUUAUCGAUCAGCAGAAAUAUUUUUAUGUCAUUUGUUUGCAUUUUAAUAUUACUUUAAGCAUAAUACUCGCUACUCUAGUUAGUACCGAAUCAUUGUACGUAACACACGUACUACAUGCUUGCGGAAUGUUUCAAAUUGCUAGUUAUCGAAUGAAUCAAGCGUUCGACAAGAAGCUAUUACAAAAUUGCAUACCUGAAAAGCGGAAAAUCAUCGUUUGUAAAGGAAUAAUCGAAGCCAUACACAUUCACAAAAGAGCUCUCGAGUUUUCCGAAUUUCUAUGGUCUACCUUAGCGAUAUCAUACAGCAUUUUGUUAAUAAUCGGUAUUAUAUCUCUCCUCAUUAAUCUUUUCUGCCUUUUGCAAGCAGUACUAUUUAUAAAAAAGAUGAAUGAUAUAAUAAUUUUAAUUGUAUUUACCUUUGGUCAUUUUUUUUAUUUAUUCUUGGGUAACUAUGUUGGUCAAAUUUUAAUAGAUCAUAGCGCUGGUGUCUUUGAAAACAUAUAUAUCACACGAUGGUACAGCGCUCCUUUGCAAGCACAAAGAUUAUUGCCAAUUAUAAUGCAAAGAAGUAUGAGAAGUUGUAAAAUGGUCGUAGGCGGUACGUUUGUCCCAUCAUUCGAAGGCUUCGCAGCGCUUAUGAGCACAACUCUAUCAUACUUUACAGUAGUUUGGUCGGUACAGUAAUACUGGUAAGCAAUGACAAUUUGACAUUUAAAUCGUAGUUAUACUAAAUCAGUAGAAUUACUUUGGUAUCAAAUAAAACUGCAUCUAUAUAAUGUGCUAUGAAAAAAUCA